AUGACGAUUUAUGAUGUGAUCGUGAAUUUUGAUGAGUGUAACACAGUGGAGAGUUUGAUUGAGUUAGGACCAGUGAAGCUUAGAGAAUGCUUGGAGGUUUUAGGGCUUAAGUCUGGUGGUACCGUUCUCCAAAAGGCAGCGAGGGUUCUCUUAGCAAAGAACACCCCUGUAAACAAACUGGAAAGAAAGCACUUGAAGAAGAGAACAGAAGAUAAAGCAACCGCGCUCUUAGAAGUCAAAGUGAACAAGUUAUGUAAGAUUUUGAAAGAAACUCUUGAUCGAACUCGACAACAUGUUAAGAAUAGGUCAGCGAUGACUGCUAAAGAGUUAGCUGAUGACCGCGAAGCUGAUCAUGUACUUGAACUAGAAAUCAAUAGAGAAGAAGAAGAUGAUGAUAACAACAAGGUUGUUAAUGUUAAUAAUAAGCUGUCUAUGCCGUACUGGUUGUACAAGCUUCAUGGUCUCGAUCAAGAAUUCAAGUGUCAGAUUUGUGGGGACUCUACUUAUAAGGGUAGAAGGUCUUUUGAAAACCACUUCUGGGAAAAACGACAUGAGUAUGGCAUGAGUUGUUUAGGAAUACCGAACUCUAAGCUGUUUUACGAGAUUACUUUGAUCGAUGAAGCGAAAGAGUUGUGGGAGUCGAUUCGAUUGAGAGAGGGGUUGACUCAAUGGUGUCCUGAAAUAGAUGAGGAAUGUGAAGAUGGUGAUGGUAAUAUCUAUACCAAGAAGACUUACACGGAUCUUGUUAGGCAGGGCUUAAUUUGA